UAACCACGUCCCACGAACCGCUCGGCAAACUUACUGAGUUACCGCGGCGAGCUGGCGGGAUAGCGAGCCCCCCCCUGCCACGUUACCGAGCCCCCCGCCGCCAUACCGAGAGCUAAUCAGGGCUCAGGAUGAGCUGGAGUUUUUUAACCCGUCUCCUCGAGGAGAUCAACAACCACUCUACCUUUGUCGGGAAGGUAUGGUUGACGGUCCUCAUCAUCUUCCGGAUUGUCCUGACGGCGGUCGGCGGGGAGUCCAUAUACUACGAUGAGCAGAGCAAGUUCGUGUGUAACACGCAGCAGCCUGGGUGCGAGAACGUGUGCUACGACGCCUUCGCGCCGCUCUCUCACGUCCGAUUCUGGAUCUUCCAGAUCAUUCUCAUCACCACCCCGUCCAUCAUGUACUUGGGUUUCGCCAUGCACCGGAUUGCCCGGCGUCCCGAGGAGCUUCGGCGGCGCCGGAUGAAAAGCGUCAAGAAAAGGGCUCCUGUGGUACACCGGGGGGCUAGGAGGGAUUACGAGGAAGCGGAGGAUAACGGCGAGGAGGACCCCAUGAUCUGCGAAGAGGUGGAGCAAGAGAAAGACGCGGAGGACGGAGACAACAAGAAGCACGACGGGAGGCGCCGCAUCAAAAACGAUGGCCUGAUGAAGGUCUACGUGCUGCAGUUGCUCUUCCGCUCGGCUCUGGAGGUCGGCUUUCUCAUGGGACAGUAUAUUCUGUAUGGGUUUGAGGUCAUCCCGUCCUAUGUGUGCACGCGCAGCCCUUGCCCGCACACCGUAGACUGCUUCGUGUCCCGUCCGACGGAGAAGACCAUCUUCCUCCUCAUCAUGUACGCGGUCAGCGCGCUCUGCCUCCUGUUGAAUCUGUGUGAGCUCUUCCAUCUUGGGGUCGGUGGCAUCUGCGACUCGCUCCGAGAAAAGAACGAGGAGACGGGGAAGCCAGAACUGCCCAAGAAGUCCCCCAGCGCGCCGCCCAACUACCACUCCGUGCUAAAGAAAGGGAAGGUGCCAAACGGGAAACUCUACUCCGACGGCGACGCUUCAGAAGCCUACGAGUUGCCGUCCAUGCAUUCUGGCCUCCAUGAGCUGGACCGGCUACGGCAGCAUCUCAAGCUGGCUCAGGAACACCUUGACCUGGCCUUCCAGAUGAACCCAGCCUCUGACACUGCCCAUGUGUCCCGGAGCAGCAGUCCCGAGGCCAACAGCAUCGCGGCGGAACAAAACCGGCUGAACUUUGCGCAGGAGAAAGGAGUCGGAAGCCACGAGAAAUCCGGUUUGUGAUCUUUGGAGAACUGGGUAGCGGAUGGGGGGGAUUUGAGUUCUGCAUAUCUCACGACAUGACUGGAAUUGAAUCGCCAAGAAAUCUCCCCUCCUCUGCUUGGGAGGGGGGAGAGCUGCACAGAGGAUGGAGAGAAGGGAUCGUUUGGGGGGGGGGUCGGGUUUUGUGAAUGAGCCUCUGUUCAGCGGACUGCUCAAGCUGCAUCUCAUCUCUGGAAAGUUUGUAGUAAUGACCUUUUACCGGUGCCAGCGCGGGUGACCCCGCCGGUUCAUACGGGAUUCUCACACCCUUCUACUUCUAGAAGGCAGCCUUGAAUAUUUUAUACCUUUUUGUGUCCCAUCUACUUAUAUAACUUUAAGUGUCAAACAGCUGUGACGUUUUGUUUUACUAUACCUUUU